AUGAACUCCUCGUCUCGUGCACCAGCCCCAGCGCCGCUGUACACACUGGGCUCUGGCAGCAGCACAGCAGGAUCCCCGAUUUCUCCCAGAUACCAAGACACGCCGCGAACAGCCACAACCGACGGCUGGGCCUCACCGGGCGUCAUGGACAGAAAGGACUCAUCCAACUCGGUGACCUCGACCAUGUCGUCGGCCUCGGUGGCUUCCGUCUCGAGGAAGAAGGUGUCGUCACGGUCGUCCAGCAAUGUCAACCAGUACACGCGCUGCGGCAGACACACGGACCAGUACCUGUUCAGCGGCUGGUCCAAGGUCUUCAGCAGAAAACACUGA